GUGAAGGAUGGUUUUACGAAGGCUCUUGAAAACGUAGAAAAUAAGUUUUUCUUUCAUUUUGGGGCUUUUAAAAUUGAUCGAUUUAAUUUAUUAGGUGAAUGCAUAAUCGAUUUUUUAAAAACUGAUUUAGAUGGUGGGUCUGCGUUCUAUUUACAUUGCAGAUUAUUUGGGUGUAUCUUUUAACAUGUAGAGAUGCAAUAGUGUGCUGAAUGGAUACGAUGAUGACACCGAAUGGGAGUUUAGUGUGAUCAAUGCAAUUUAAAGUUAAGCUGGACCGACGAAGUAAUUUGACGGUUAAUGAUUUCUUAUUGAUUUUGAUGAAGGACACAACUUGUAUUUUCCUUUAAAUCAUCUAAGCCGUUUAUUCAACUGUCAACAAAUGUACGUUUACUGACUUGUACCCUUGAUGUAAUUAACGUUAUAUCAGAAUAUUUCGUGUUAUUUGAAUAUUGUGUGUGUUGAUUUAGGAAAAGAAGUAUUGUAGGAUUAUAUAGCUUGUUGAUAAGGAUUUGCUUUUUCAUUACCAAAAUGGCAUUUGAACAUCAACCUGGCAUGGCUAUUGAAUGUUUAAGUAUUCCAAUAAAACUUACAAAGGAACCUGGACUUGAUGCUGAAGGCCGAGAAGUUUUAAAGUGUGGUUUUAAAAUAGGAGGGGGCAUUGAUCAGGAUUUUCGUAAAAGUCCUCAAGGAUAUAAAGAUAAUGGUAUAUAUGUUACUGAAGUCUGCGAAAAUAGCCCUGCUGCAAAUUGUGGCUUGAAGAUUCAUGAUAAAAUUCUUCAGGUUAAUGGUUAUGAUUUUACUAUGGUAACCCACAGUAAAGCUGUUGAAUAUAUUAAAAAACAUCCUGUAUUAAAUAUGUUAGUUGCAAGGAAAGGAGUGACACAUUCAUGAAUUUCUUAUCUGUUCAUGAAAAAUAAUUACUCUAGCUGGCUAGAGGCAUUAUUUUAUGUUCUAAGUCUUCCUUUUGACUUGCUUUUAUGAUAUAUGUUCCAAAAUGUCUUUCAUUAGAGUUUAUGCUUUAUACAUUUACAGCCAUCAAUCACAGUGCUUAAUACUUUGGCCAUUUUGUGUAAAUGUUUAAUAUAACCUUCAACUUCAUACUUACAUGUUAUAUGUAAUUCUUUAAAUGAAAAUAAUUUGUUUAAAGGCCAGCUUUAUUAUGAAGAGUGUCUAUCUUACAUAUAUGUCGUCGUUUCUGAAAUCUAACAAAAAAUUAGAUAUUUAGAUUUUAUUUAUGUGGAAUAGCACAUUGCUGUACAGCCAUGUUUGAUUUAGAAUAUGAUUUUUAUUAACUUUAGCACUAUUGCAAUUUUUUUAUUAAUAUUAGUUUUGUAAAAAAUUAAAUUAUUUAUGAUUCAUAUGUGAUUAGAUGUAUUUUUGGAGAAAGUGCAGAAUCACCCACUGCUUGGUGCGUUUUUAAGAAUUGCACAUACUCGGUAUACAUGUACACAUUGACCUAUUUUCACUUGAAAAAACUUUCCCAGAAUUGCACAAAAAUGGCAUUGUGCACUCCCUUGACUUUAUCCAUGUACACAUCGACCUGUCAAAGAAAAUUGACUAAAAUCCAAUUCUUCUUAGUCUUGUAUAAAGCAGCAAACAAACAAGUGGGCUAUUCUGCACUUUAGCCGUAUUUUUUAAUUCUAUUUUGAUACAGCAGAAACUGAUUACUUGAACUUUUGAGAAUUCAAAAUUUUUUACAGGUUGAACUGGAUAUUUCUUUUUGACAAAAUGUAUCAAAAGUUAAUACUAACAUUUCUCAUUUAUUUAUUUAUUUUAAAAUUUGGCUAGGUAAACUAUUUUUGAAUGAUUGUCAAUUAUUUGCAUUGCUUCUUUCUCAAUAAGUCGUGUGUAUAAAUCUUUAAACAGCAGACAUGAUGUGUAGGAUAUUUUCAUAAAAUCCUUAAGUGUGAGGUAAUUUACAUUUUUGUGGUUUCUUCCAAAUAACUGCACUCUUUCUCUUUUGAGUAAAAAUAUACAUAGAGAAUUGAAAUAUGUUUUUGAAAUAGAGUGUAAAUUUUGAUUGGAAUAAGCAAACCUGUGCUAUUUAUGAUUCUGUACUUUAAGUUUUAAAAUGUAAUUUUUGUUACAUUGUUUACAUUAAUAAUUUUUGUAAUAUACCUGGUGUUGAAAGGAAAAUUAACUUGACAAUAUGCAAAGAAUUUUUUUUAAAACUUUUAUUACUUUGAAGUUAUUACUUAAUUAAUAGUUAAUUAUUACUUUGAAGUGAAUGUAUGCUAUGUUAAUUCUCCAUUAGAACAUUUACAUUAUUUCUCCAUGGGAUUUCAAGCUGUUAUACACCAGUUGCAUAAUCAGAGGUUUUGAUGUUCAGGGUGGUAUAAUGAGUUUGCCAGUUCUCUCAAGAUGUUGGGGGGGGGAAUGCUACAAAAUAUCUUAUGUAUUAUUGUAAUAUAAUUUUGUAAAGCAGCAUAUAAGGGGUGGGGAGUUUAUUUUUAAGUCAAAUUCCAACAUUCUGAAAGACUACUCUGCUUGUUUUCAGUUAAUAAAAUCAUUUGAUGACA